ACUGAAAGCGUUGCGUUUAAGGGAUGGGAAGGAUUACCGGAGUACGUCGACGAAUUAAGUAGCGAAUCAAUGCACACAAUACUCAUUUUCGAUCCAGCCGUACAAGUUGAUGGUGAACCGUUCAAACGAGGCUUAGAUCAGGUUAUUUCCAUUUUCAUUAAUAUCAAACUUUCAACAAAGCACUCAGUCGUUGUCAANCGUAAUGCGAGAUCAGAUGUGCGAGGUGCGAGCUUUGUGGAAUGGGAAACGCAGGCGCAAGUUCCAAAGGACAUUCAAGAUCAGUAUCCACUAGUUAAGAAAACGAAGGAAAUUCCACUAGAAAAGAAUGAGGUUUUAAAACGUGCCAAUACUCGGACGACUGUUGAUCAAUGCAGUAAGAUGAAAGUUUACAAAGUGCAUAAUUAUGCUUUACAGAUCAUGCUGGGUGUCGUCUGGCCUGACAAACAUGUCGCAUUCCCAGAUUUCUCAUCAUCAGCUACAAUCGCAUGGUGGAAGAGUGAAUUCAAAAAAUUCCAUCAGCGGGUGAAAUUCGACGGAAUUUGGAUCGAUAUGAAUGAACCAGCCAACUUCGGUACUGAUGAAACGCAUCCAUGGUAUUUCGACUCUGCGGAUCAUCCGAAACUUAAGCCAUUAAUGUGUCCGUUGAAUGGAACGCAAUCAAAGUACGAUAUGCCACCGUACGAAACAUACAAUGUUUAUGUUUGGAGAACUGAUCAACAAAAGAGUUAUCUAUCGUCCAAAACAUUGUGUAUGUUGGGAACAACGACAACGGGUCGAAUGUACGACACGAAGAAUUUGUAUGGACUCCAAGAGAGCAUUGCAACGCAAUCGGCUCUUCACGAAAGUACUUCAAAGCGUGGAGCUGUCAUUACAAGAUCAUCUUUCCCAUCCGGAGGUCGUUAUGCUGGUCAUUGGCUUGGUGACAAUUCGGCGACGUGGUUCGACUUACAGACAUCGGUGGUCGGCAUCCAGUUAUUCAAUAUGUUUGGAAUACCAUACAUCGGCGCUGAUAUAUGCGGAUUUUUGGGCAAUACAACGGCACAUCUUUGUUUACGUUGGCAACAACUCGGAGCGUUCUAUCCAUUUUCGAGGAAUCAUAACGAUAAAGCUGCAUUGCCACAACAUCCAACUGUCUUCAGUGACGUGGCCAAAGCAACGAAACAAGCGAUGCUCUUCCGAUAUCGUUAUCUGCCAUACUUAUAUACAUUACAUUUUGAAGCAUCAAGAAAUGGAAGUACGGUAGUGCGUCCGUUGUUCUUCGAAUUUCCAAAUGAUGAUGCGGCACAUGAAAUCAAUGGGCAGUUCAUGUGGGGUUCUGCAAUGCUUAUUGUACCUGUUGUAAAAGAGAAUGCAACUACUGUGUACGCUUACCUUCCACAUGACGCUCGGUGGUUUUCCAUGUUAGAUAGUCACGCAGGAGAGAAAUUCCAGUGCGGAUUCCAAUUUUUGUCAGCACCGCUCACCGACUUGAUUCCAGUUUUCAUCCGAGGUGGAUCAAUUGUCCCUCGUCAACCUCCAGCUCUUACUGCGAUGGAGUCUCGUAAAAAUCCGCUCGAAAUUCUCAUCGCUGUUGAUCAAAAGGGUCUAGCUAACGGACAGUUGAUAUGGGAUGAUGGUGAGAGCAUCAUAAAUGAUUUCAUGACGCAUAUUUAUAUCGAUGUCAGAUUCAGCUUCAUAAUAGCAGACGAUAAAACAACACUCGUGAUCGAAAGGAUUACUGGAACAGCAACACGAGGUAUUCCAAGCAUCUCCGUUGUUGAAAUAUUCGGUUAUGAUGCGCUUCCGGUGUUACUGACCAUCAAGAAAGAACCAGGCAAGAUCGUCGUUGAUGAAUCGGAAACAAAAUUCGAUCAAACCAAGCAACGCCUUCAGAUCAAGGCGAAUGCCUUCUUCGAUUUCGCAACAGAUAAGAAAGUCACUAUCACGUGGGCUAGUCACAGAAGAAUCUUCUCUUUAUCCUCAAUGCGCUUUUCUAACAAUUUCAGGUGGUCUUCGUUCGUUCCCCAAAACGCUCGCGUCGAUUGCAUGCCUGCUCCAACACCGCAACCCACCGAAUUACGUUGCUAUAAUUACGGUUGUAUUUUCGACGGAACCGCGAAUGGUGGUGUUCCAAAGUGUUAUUUCCCUAGGAAGAGUGGUUACACAUCGAAGGAUGGUUCAACGUUGACCAGCUAUAAACCUGUAAAAAAUCCAUAUGGUGUAAAUGUCUCUCCGAUCUUCAUAUCACAGGAAUCCUUCCAACAAACAACACUCCAUCUAUUCAUUGGACCUGAUACGGGCUAUGUGCCACCAAUUCAAAUCAGCGGUCAAUCAGUUCCAACUGGCGAAUGGUUCGUUGUUGAGAGCUCCAAUGAGACUGGCGUUUUCUCGUUCAAAAUAAUAAGGCCAUCGACAAAUGCGGUCAUCUGGGACACAUCAUUAGGUGGAAUGAUGUUCUCAGAACAGUUCAUUCAAAUCGCUGCUCGAAUUCCUACAUCCGAUGUCUACGGUUUGGGUGAAAAUGUUCAACAACAACUGAAGCACGAUAUGAGCACCUAUACGACAUGGCCAAUGUUCGCACGCGAUGAACCACCAGAUUCACAGCCACAUCCAACCGAUCCGAAUGAUCGAUUCAAAAAGAAUCUUUAUGGUGUUUAUCCAUUCUACAUGGCAUUUGAAAAAGACAACAAAGCACACGGUGUUCUUAUACUGAAUGCGAACGCUCAGGAAAUGGUACUCGGUCCAGCUCCACACAUUGUUUAUCGUACGAUCGGUGGUGCGUUGGAUUUGUACUUCUUCCCUGGACCUUCUCCAGAAGACGUUGUUCGACAGUAUCUCGCGCUCAUCGGAACACCAGCACUUCCUGCUUAUUGGGCGCUUGGAUUUCAGCUGUCUCGCUAUGGGUAUAAAAAUCUGCAAGAACUCUCGACCGUAGUAAACGAAGUUCGAAGUGCCCAUAUACCGUUGGAUGUUGCCUAUGCAGAUAUCGAUUAUAUGAAUAGAUAUCAGGAUUUCACCAUUGGAAAGGGAUGGGAGAAAUUCCCAGAGUAUGUGAAGCAAUUACAUGACGAAUCAAUGCAUGCCAUUCUAAUCUUUGACCCAGCCAUUCAAGCAGAUGGUGCUGUUAUCGAAAGAGGACUUAACGCGAAAGCGAAUUUCGUCGAAUGGGAACGUGCAGAUCAAGUUCAACGCCAAAUACAGGAUCUUUAUCCACUUAUGAAAGCAACCAAAAUAAUGCUGGGUGUUGUUUGGCCUGAUAAACACGUGGCAUUCCCUGAUUUUUCAUCUCCAGAAACAAUGAGAUGGUGGAGUGAUGAAAUUAGUCGAUUCCACAAACAGAUCGCUUUUGAUGGUAUAUGGAUCGACAUGAAUGAGCCUGCCAACUUUGGUACCAACGAGAAACAUCCAUGGUACUUUGACAAUCCAGAUCAUCCAAAUCUUGCACCAUUGAUGUGCCCGUUGAACGGAAGCGACUCAAAAUAUGAUAAUCCACCAUAUCAGACGUAUAGCGUCUACAAAUACAGAUUGUGGGGCCAGGAUGCGUAUCUAUCAUCGAAAACGUUGUGUAUGUUGGGUACAACGAAAAUUGGAAAAAUGUACGACAUGAAAAACAUGUACGGAUUGCUGGAAAGCAUCGCCACUCAGAAGGCACUUCAUCAAUUAAUGUCAAAACGAUCAGUCGUCAUAACGAGAUCAUCAUUUCCUUCCGGAGGUCGUUAUGCAGGCCAUUGGCUUGGUGAUAACUAUGCUGCAUGGAAUGAUCUACGCACGUCGGUUGUUGGUAUACAGCUCUUCAACAUCUUCGGUAUACCGUACAUUGGUGCUGACAUAUGCGGAUUCGGUGGGAAUACCACUGAAGAAUUAUGUCUUCGUUGGCAACAGCUUGGAGCAUUUUACACGUUCAUGCGAAACCAUAAUUCCAUCAACUCCUCACCACAACAACCUUCAGUCUGGCCAACUGUCGCAAAUGCAGCACGUCAAGCCAAUCUGUUCAGAUAUCGAUAUCUACCGUAUCUCUAUUCAUUGCAUUUCGAGGCAUCAGUCAGUGGUGGAACUGUGAUUCGGCCGACCUUCUUCGAAUUUCCAAACAACUUAAAAACUCAUGAAAACAACGAACAGUUUAUGUGGGGAUCUGCACUCUUAAUAGCGCCCGUUCUGAGAGAGAAACAAACGAAGGUAUCAGCUUAUUUACCGGAAGAGGCGACAUGGUAUUGGUUAAGAGAUGAAGAAUAUGGAAAGAAAGCAGCAAAUGGUUUUGUUGAACUCAGUGCACCUCUCAAUCAGCUCAUUCCAGUGUUUAUCAGAGGUGGAUCGAUUGUGCCUCGACAGAAACCAGAGAUGACAACUGUCAGUUCGCGGAAGAAUCCUUUCGAUUUUCUGAUUGCACUCGAUUCGCACUGGCUAUCUCCAGCAAGCGGAGUGCUCUUCUGGGAUGACGGCGAGAGUCUGCUGACAACGAAUGUUUAUUCGAAAUGGCAAUUACACUUCACUGUCUUCCUCAAUUACGCUCUACUCACAAUAACUCCACAACAGUUCGGUGUGAUCAACAAUAUGCCAACGCUGGAUACUAUCGAAAUAUUUGGUUAUCCUUUUGAAUCAGACUUCAAAUCGAUGAUAUUGAACGGCGUGCCGUUGGGAGAUUCGGUGAAAGUUAAUUAUGAUUCCGCAAAACAACUUCUGAGAAUCGAAGGAAAGAAUUUGAUAAAUCUGUCGAAUAAUGAGCAAAUCGUUCUAAUGUGGUCAAAUUCGUAA